AUGGCGCUCAGCAAUGGGUGUUCUCCUGUGACAAGAGUAGCUAUAUUUGGAGGUACUCAUGGUAAUGAAUUAUCAGGUGUCUAUUUAGUUAAACACUGGCUAAAUCAUAUUGGGGAGAUCACCAGAGCUGGAAUGGAGGUGACGCCAUUUAUUACCAACCCACGUGCUGUGGAGAAAUGCGUUCGAUAUAUUGAUGUUGACCUGAACAGAGUUUUUGACGAUCAACACCUUAGGUAAGAUUUCAUUCUAUACGUUAAUCUCUCUUUAAUGUGUGCAGCAAAAACAUCAAGUUGUCGGGGGGUUUUUUGUUUUGUUUUUUUAUCCACCCAGACUUUGAGACAAAUAAGUUGUUGUGAGGCUGAAAACCACAUUUCAAUGAGCAAGAGAAAGGACACGUGAUGCAUUAUUUAUGUCAUGUUUACUGGCCUAAUUUCUGCCAGAAGCAGCAUCUGCUUUUUUAUAGUUGCAUUGUUUACAUUGCUGAAAUGACAUUACUACUCUGUAAUAACUGUUCAAACGCACAAAGAAAUUAUUUUUGGAACACAAUAAUAAAUAAAAUAUUAUUCUGCAUUGUGACCUGGUGUUGUGGUGAUUUGGGCAACCAAGUUGUAAAAUGUAGGCCAAGAACGCACGUGUUGAGAUUGCCACCAAACCUAUUACAAUUACCUAUUUAUUUUUUUAUAACAAUUGUGAACCUGGUUGCAGUGCAAAAUACACGAGUGUGACAUAGUGUACUUCUAGUUUUCUCAGAGCUGUGUGUGUAGUGUGUUUUAAGUCAAAGGCUUGCAAAUAUUAAUAUAUGUGUGUCUGUCCCCAAAGUGGUAGCAGCACUUACGGGGUUAAAAAGUCCACUCUUUAUUUAGAAAUGUUAAAACACGAUCCACGUUUCAGUCCUAUCUAUAGGACUUUUGAUCCUGAAGAAAGUUCUAUAGAUAGGACUGGAACGUUGAUCAUGUUUUUUUAACAUUUCUAAAUAAAGAUUGGACUUUUUAACCCAGUGAGUGCUGCUACCUCUUUGGACACAUGGAUACUAAAGCCUUGGCUUACUAGCAUCCGGCAAUCAAGGAACAUUUAAGCGUGAGUGCAAGAGAUGUGUGUGUAUGUAUGUGUGUGUGUGUGUGUGUGUGUGUGUAUGUAUGUAUGUAUGUAUGUGUGUGUAUAUAUAUAUAUAUAUAUUAAAAAUGAAAAUCUAGCGCACUCCCUUAUCUACUAAACAGCUACUUUGAUGCUGACAGAUUUUGUUAGUUUUAUUAAAACCAACUAAUCUAGGCAAAAAAAUAAUGGGGGUUUAGUUACAUUAUAUGAUCAUACAUUGCAUAAGCCUGCACAACGUCAAUGUACCCCAUCUUUGGCAGGUCCUACACUAACAACCAACUGUGUGUGUGUGUGUGUGUAUAUGUAUAUGUGUGUGUGUGUGUGUGUGCGUGUGUGUGUGUGUAUGUGUAUAUAUAUAUAUAUAUAUAUAUAUAUAUAUAUAUAUAUAUAUAUAUAUAUAUAUAUAUAUUUAUUCGUAAAAUAGUUGGCUGCAUUCUCAGAUUCCAGUAAAAUUAUAAACUUUUAUUCCAGCUUCUAAAACAGAUCAAUGUUUCAGUCCUGAUGAAAGUCCACAAGAUGGACUGAAACGUUGAUCUGUUUUAGAAGCUGGAAUAAAAGUUUAUAAUUUUACUGGAAUCUGAGAAUGCAGCCAACUAUUUUACUAUUUCGAUAUCUAAGUCCUGGUAUUGCACCAGGUUUGGCAAAUUUUGGAGCCUGAGUGCAAGGUACAGUCUAAUAUAUAUAUGAGAGAGAGAGAGAAGGCUUGGCCUGUAAUUGUGAGAGGUACAUGGAACCCUACUUAAACCCAGUGAGCCCCUGCUUACCUGUCGUCGACGAUCUCGGAAGUGAUUCUGUUUACGUCCGGUUCACUGGACCCUGACGCCAUUUUCUCGCCCGCCGGCAGUCCGUUUGCAGAAAAUUUUCUCUGCUUACUGAGUUCGUGACUAUAACAAGGGAAUCCAGCAUACGAACGGCUAACUGUAAGUUAUACUCUAUCAUUUCGUACGCACCCCAUACUUGUCAUCAAACUCACACGUUCGUUUAAAAUAUUUAAUUUGGUUAAAUCGCUCAUGUUAAUCUUUCAUCCACAUACCGCUAUAAUUUGUGCUAGCCGGCGUUCGUCUAAAGUUAUCCAUGCCCAUAAACCCUUAUGUUUACCCAUCAGUAUACACAUAGCAGCCGUUCGUGUCAAACACACUUUCGUACAAACUUCCCUUCAUUCGUAUAAACUGCCGCUUGUUUCAGUAUGAACUUUCAUAUGCUCUGUUCGUUUAGACUAUCGGUUCGUUUCAUGCACACUUUCGUUUAUUUUCCACGCUGUCAACUCACUCAUACCUAGCAGUACAAUUCCAUUUCGGUACCACAGCAUCAUGAAAGCAUUUUACAUUCAAAUUUAAACGGCAUUCCAUGUUAAAUUUGGUUUAGUUUAACAAAUUCAUUAAAACAUCCUUUUUAUUUUAAAAACAUACAACAGCAACUCUGUUCGUUACUUUCAUAUGGGAGUUAUAAACUGUCUUUUUUAUUUUAACUUGCUGGCUUUGCAUUAGAAGUUAAACUCCUGUUGAUACAGCGCUGGUAAAGCUUUUCAUUAAAUUUAAACAGCUUUCAAUGUCAGAGCAUUUAUUAUGUACCUCUUUUUAACCCCUUAAGGACACAGCUUCAGAAGCUUGACUUACGCUUAAUGACACAAGCAAUUUUUGCAUUUUCUUGCUGUUUGCGUUCAACUGCAAUUUGCAUCUCUCUCAUUUAUUGCACCGACACAUAUUAUAUACUGUUUUUUAAAGGACAGAAAGGGCUUUAAUUUGAUAUAACAUAUAUAUAUAUAAAUGCUUACUUAUUAUAAAAAAAAUACAGAAAAAUGCAAAAAAAAUGAAAAAUAUUGUUUUUUUUUACAGUUUUUGCAAUAAUAAUGUGUGCAUAAUUAGUGCAGGUUAAGGAAAGUAAUUAAAAAUAAAUUUAUUUAUUUGUUCUGAUUUACAGAAUAUAUAAUGUGUCUGGGAUUUUAAGUUUUUUUUGGUAGUUACAGGUCACAAAGCACAAGGAGUAAAAUAAACUUUUAAUGUGGAGCGAUUUUAGAAUUUGGUAUGUUUGUCUUGUAAGCUUAAUAGCCAUAAAAGAAAACAAAAUUGCCACACAAAAGUAUAUAUUUAUAUAAAGUAGACAUCACGGGCUAUUUACCUAAGGUUGUUUUGACACUUUCUACGUAGCCAUUUCACCGCCAACCUCUGCUGAAUAUUGGAGUAAAAUUGUGUUCUUUUUGGUUUUUGGCACACAAACUUAUAACAGAGAAAUUCCCGUGUAUAUUUUGUAAAAUUGGUGUGUGCUAUUCCUGUACAAAGUUUUAUUUUGUGUUCAGUUACAUCUGCUGAGUAAAAUGACACCCCCAUUGUAUGUCUUUUGCACUAUUUCGUGAAGUUACAAUGCCAUACAGGAUACCUGUCCUUUUCAGUAUUCACAGUAGAAUUUUGAAAGAUGGAUUUAAUGAGCCUUAGCUUCCAUUUUGGGGUAUUAUAACAGUUUGGCUGUUCAAAAAACCCCCACAAAGGCCUACCAUUUGUAAAAGUAGACACUCCAGGGUAUCUUAUAAGGUGCAUAUUGUGCCUUAACAUGCCCCCAUUUUUUCACCAAUAUAUGCCAAAGUAUGUGGUAAAAAAUAAUUUUGUGCAUUUUUUACAUACGGAUUGCAUUUUUGCUGGGCGUUUUGUAUAUUUCAUAUGUGCCACUAAGUUCAAACCCCCCAAAUUAUGCUCAGCUAAGUCUUCUGAGUAAAAUGACACCCCAUAUGAAUGUCUUUGGCACUAUUUCGUGAAGCUACAGUGCCAUAUAGGAGACCUGUCCUUUACAGUAUUCACAGUAGAAUUUUGAGAGAUGGAUUUAAUGAGCCUUAGCUUCCAUUUGGGGUAUUAUAACAGUUUGACUGUUCAAAAAACCCCCACAAAGGCCUACCAUUUGUAAAAGUAGACACUCCAGGGUAUCUUAUAAGGUGCAUAUUGUGCCUUAACAUGCCCCCAUUUUUUCACCAAUAUAUGCCAAAGUAUGUGGUAAAAAAUAAUUUUGUGCAUUUUUUACAUACGCAUUGCAUUUUUGCUGGGCGUUUUGUAUAUUUCAUAUGUGCCACUAAGUUCAAACCCCCAAAUUAUGCUCAGCUAAGUCUUCUGAGUAAAAUGACACCCCAUAUGAAUGUCUUUGGCACUAUUUCGUGAAGCUACAGUGCCAUAUAGGAGACCAAGCCAUAUCCGUUUUUACCAAACUUUGAAUUUUGACGCUGGGCCUAUGUGCAAUUUCCAAGCAUCUUCGCAGGUUUUAAAUUCAAACUACCCCACAAAGGCCUACCAUUUCUUAAAGUAGACACCCCAGGGUGUUUCAAAAGGUAUAGUUUGAACCUUAGCGUGGGAUCAUUUUUCCGCUAGCUUGUACCAGAUGUAGUGGUAAUAAGCGUUUUUUCUGCCUUUUUGACAUACAAAGUGAGUUUGCACAGUAUAUUUUGCAAACCUUAUGUGUGCUACGACUGUAUAAUAGUUCAUAUGUUGCUCAGCUAUGUCGGCUGAGUACAGCAAUACCCCCGUAUGUACCUUUGCCAGGUAUGUGUGGACAUCGGAGGGGCACAUUUGGGACACAGCCAUUCCAGUUUUUUUUCAAACUUUGAAUUUUUAUGCUGUGCCUAUGUCCCAUUUUAGAGUAUUUUACCAGGCUAUAUAAUCCAAAUUCCCCAUAAAGCCAUACCAUUUCUUAAAGAAGACAUCCCAGGGUAUUUCAAAAGGCAUAUUUUGAACCUUAGCGUGGGAUCAUUUUUCCGCUAGCUUGUACCAAGUGUAGUGGUAAUAAGCAUUUUUUCUGCCUUUUUGACAUACAAAGUGAGUUUGCGCAGCAUAUUUUGCAAACCUUAUGUGUGCUAUGACUGUAUAAUACUUCAUAUGUUGCUCAGCUAUGUCGGCUGAGUACAGCAAUACCCCCGUAUGUACCUUUGCCAGGUAUAUGUGGAUGUUGAAGGGGCGCAUUUGAGACGCAGCCAUUCAGUUUUUUUCUAACUUUGAAGUUUUACGCUGUGUCCAUGUUCCAAUUUGGAGUAGUUUAGGCGGUUGGUUAUUGAAACUUCCCCACAAACACAUACUAUUUAUUAAAGAAUACACCCUGGGGUAAUUCAAAAGGCAUAUUUUGAACCUUGGCGUGGGAUAAUUUUUUCUCUAGUUUGUUCCAGGUGUAGUGGUAAUGAGCGUUUUUAAAAUGUAUUUUUUUACUUUUUAUAACUUUUUUACUUUUAAAAACUAGUUUUUAAACUUUUGUUUUGCUUAUAAAUUUUUUUUAAACUUUCCUAAACUUUCUUAAAACUUUUUUACAGAUUUAACAUUUUUCUAAGCUUUUUUUUUUUACCGUUAACCCCUAACUAGCAGUACGCAGCAGUAACAGUAAAUUCCCCAUUUUCCCAUAACUCCCACCCACCCCAGCUAGCAAAAUAUAUAGUUAUAAAAUAUUUAAAUUAAUUAAAUAAAUUGAACCCCUGAGGGUUAAAAAAUAAAUAAAAAGUUAAUCCUCAGGGGUUAAAAAAAAAAAUUAGAUCACAGUAUAAUACUGUGAUCUCUAUUUGAUCGCUGUAGGCAGUGAUCGACUGGCAGGGAAGGGGUUAAUUUUUAUUUGGACUAGGUAAAGUGUGUUUUUUUUGUUUUUUUUACUUAAAUGUUAUUAAAACAUUUUUUUAAGCUUAAUUUUUAACUUUUUAAAGUUUCUUUUAAAACUUUUUUUAACGUUAACCCCUAGUUAGCCUAACGCCAGAUCCCCCAAUUCCCCACUAACUUCCACCCACCCCAGCUAUCUAAAUAUAUAAUUAAAAAAUAAUUUAAUUAAUUAAUUUAAUUAAUUUAACCCCUGAGGGUUAAAAAAAAAAGAAUUAACCCUCAGGGGUUAAAAAAAAAAAAUCAGAUCAUAGUAAAAUGUAAUCCCUGCCAAUUGAUCACUGUAGUCAGUGAUCAAUUGGCAGGGAAGGGGUUAAUUUUUUAUUAAAAUGGGUAAGGGGGACUUUAAAUAAACUUUAUUUUUUUUUCCAGCAGGGGGCAGGAUCAGCACUGAUCCGGCUCCCUGCACUUCACACAGAACCCGGAAGUGCAGGGAGCCGGUAGGUGAGUAUACAGAGCACAUGUGCUCGCUCAGACUUGUGGUCAGAGCGAGCACAUGUGCUGGGCAGCUUGACCGGGUGCUCCCGGUAUGCCUCUAAUGCAGAGGCAUACCGGGAGCACCAUUAACCCUGCGAUCGCCGCGAUAGCGGCGAUCCGGGGUUAAUUUUACCGCGUGACGGACAAGGUCCGUCACCCGUCGUUAAGGGUCUCCCCUGUGUGACGGACCUCGUCCGUCACCCGUCCUGAAGGGGUUAAAAACGUCCUUGUUUUUCUACUAAUCAGUAUGUGCUGAUGGCAGUUAAGGUAUAAUUUUAUUAAAGUAUUUCUCCUCAAAGUAUAGCUAAUGUCUUUUAUAAAUAUGUAAGUAUGCUAAUCAGGGUAAGAUUAUGCUUAGAUUCUGUCUUGUGCAUUGCUAACUGGCGUUUCGGUUAAACUUUCGUAUGCAUUAUCCGUUCGCAUAAAACGCUUAUGUUUUCCCAUUAGUAUACAUAUAGUCACACUUUCGCACAAACUUUCGUUUAUUUGUAUAAACUGCCUCAUACCUAGCAGUUCAAGUUCAUUCCGUUUAUACAGCAUUGUGAAACCACUUUUUUUUUUUUUUACAAUUGAAACGGCAUUGCAUAUUGCGUUUUGUUUAAAUUACCUAGUCUUUCUUUAAGUCAUCUGUUUCAUGGUAUUUAAGUCUUAAUUAAAAAACCAACAGCAAUAUCCUAAUCAGGAUGUCUGAUGGCAAUUAAGGUCAUACUUUCACUGUGUAUUUUUCCUUAAACCAUAGCUAAAGCGUUUUAUUGGUAUAUAAGUGUGUUAAUAGGUUUAUAUUAUGCUCUACUUCUGUCUCCGGCAUCUCAUGUUCCUAAUUACACUAGGCUGUAUAUAAAUAAGAUGACAAUUAAGUAUGGUUUUUCCCUCCUGUUAAAGAUCGUACAAUUACUGUUACUGAUUGCUAAGGGGCCUUAUGGGUUAAAUACACCACAUUACUUAAAGAGGUAGGCCUUGGAAAUUCCUACCUAAAUUUCAUGUAUUUACUUCUGGUAACAUGUACUAUAAAUAAAUAAGUCACAUUAGUUUCAAGUUAUCACCCAAUCGGCCCAACGCAUAGUUAUAGCCUUGCAUCAAGUCAUAGUUAGGGCCUCACCCGUCACGGCCAAUCGAUUUUACAAUCUUUUACAUGUCACCGAGAGGCCAACACCCCGCCACCCACCUCAGUGGCACAAAGGCCCCACAAGCCAAAUCAUAGGUAGAGCCUCUCAAAGCCAUUUGGCAAGUAGUCAGGGUGUCACCUGUCACCAACAUAAUCUAGUUAAUACAAUUUCGCCUGUAGGCACUACUCUAGGAAGCUGGGUCACUGCAGAUCUAUACGGUACCUUACUAACCAAGUCAUCUGCCGCACUUCCUUAGCAUGUCUAACGCUUCUAUACAAGGAGACGUUCUUUCAGUUACCAGCACCCAUCUCGGUUCAGGCUCGCAGAGAGUACUAUACAAACACCGACUGAGGUCAGUUACACACGGAACGGUUUCUAAGGCAUUUUCGGGUCUCAAAACACCUUCCUGCGCCAUAAGCUCAGCAACAGCCCAUAUGAUCAAAUUUCAUCCUGGAAACGUAGCUAUUCCCUCUACCAGUAAGCCAAUGCUGAUUAUCAGUCCAACACAUCCCAGAGGGAUUUUGUUAAGACAAAGUAGGCAGGCCAAUUUGUUUUCUAGGUGAAGCACAAGUCUGCAAUAAUUUAAAUACCAGUGGUUGUAGUUAUAGUGCUGGUAGGCUUCUUCACAUGGGCUCACUUUGUUUCUGUGCACACGCCAAAAACAAUGUGCCCCUUCAGGUGGUACCCUAAAAUCUUCCACCCCAAUAAACUUUCCUAAUCUACAAUGCUACCUGUCUACUCAUCCUUCUUUAUAUCUGGUAGAAUUUCUCACAUCUACUAACGGGUUUUACACAGGGUUUGUGUCACUCCACAUAGGUAUUUUGGAACACCCAUCCUACAGUCAACACUCACAGUUCCCAUCAGAGUACAAAACUCUUACUUAAUGAAAUCACCAACGGUUUCUUGAUAGGGCCUUUCACAACACUACCUUUUCACCUCCUGGAGGACAAACCCCUAGGAAUUGCCUCAGGGAAUUUUACAUUUUAUAGAGACUUUUAUUUUUCUGCGCCUCACUCACCCACUUCUCCUAGCUUAAAUACAUUGUCCCUGUCAUAAGUUUUCCUUCAGUUCGCCAGAAUUGACGAGGCCAUACAAGCAAUCAUUCAUUCCGGGAAGGCUGCCUGGUUAUGUAAAUCAAACUUUACUAACGCGUGUAAAUUACUACCCAUUCUUCAGUAAAUCUGGUAUCUGCAUGGAGUUAAGUGGGUAGACGGCCACUAUUUCGUUACCAGACCAACAUUUGGCGCCAUAUGUAGCCCAAGUUAUGCGAUAUCUUCUCCAAAACCUUAAACCUGGCUCCUACGGAACACAUGCAGAUGUCCAGUAGUCUUACACUACUUAGACAACUUCCUCACCAUCGAAACACGCCACACAGCCUGAAUCAGAUGUUCACUCUGUUCAAAGAUUAGGAGUACCCGUAGCUCGGACAAAACACAGAGAUCACAUUCCCGGGGUUUACACUUAUUAUUUCUAUGCAGGCCAACCUGCCACAAGUGUAAGUAGAUAGAAUUCUUUCUUACAUCAACAUUUGUACGUCACAAGACACUUGCACCAGGAAUCAGCUACAGUCACUACCCGGUUCACUCAAUUUUGCGGGGAGAAUAAUUCCACAAGGUAAGUCUUUAAUUUCCAGAAUCUUCUCUCUCUUGCAUGGUCUCCCUGUCGACAAACAAGCUACAGCUGAUAUUAAGAAGGUGACAUCUGUUUCUGUCCUCUUCGAAUGGCAGGUCACUACUUGUUCCCCCUGUUUCUGACGAUUCCCCUGUGGUCCAGACUGACGCAUCAGGUGCUGUAGAUUAUGCAGCGAAUGUUGGUUACAAAUUGGUACAAAUGGCUGCGUUUUUCCCACCUUGGCCAAUUGAGUCUACCUCGCUAGUAAAUUUCAGUACCACCUCAGCACUAUUUGAAUCUACCCAAUCGUAGCAGCUACACAUAUACGGAGCAAAGAGUGGAGAGGGCAGUCGGUCAGAUGCUUUUCUAAUAUCUUGGCGACAUGUAAUAUUGUUAACAAAGGCCGCUUUUAGUCCCUCCCGAUUAUGAACUUGGUAAGGAGUCUUACCUGGCUAGCGGCAAAUCUUCAAUUCUGCAUAACUUAUGUUCACGUUCCGGGUAUUCAGGAUAACGCAGCUGACGCUCUCCCACACUCUAAUUUGCAGGAAUUUUUUUUCGGAUGUCAUCCAUCAGCAAACUCGCAGCCCAAGGCGCCUCCAAGCUUCACAGUCCUAAUUAUGCGUUAAAUACUGUGUUGCUCCAUAGUAGGUCGCUCGCACAGGCUGGUUUAUACCUUAAUUUAAGAAAGCCUAUUCCAAGAGCGUAUUAGUUGUUUAAAGGUUUGUUCGUGUUUAUUGUGUGAUAAAUGUUUCUAUUUGUAACUUUCUCCUAAAUUAGUUUACAAUACUAUCAAACCUUACUUCACAGGCAUACACAUUUGUCUAUUACUCAUACCAAAACGAGCCAUACUGGUACUCCACUAGAGAUUAAAUAUUAUCCUACCAAAUCGGGUCCUAUCCCCGUUUUGGAUAAUCUAAUGGAAUUUCAACUAACUUUCAUCCCUGAUUCCCCACAAGUAGCUUUUCAAGGGAAACCCCUAACCAAUAAACGUUUUAUGCUUUACAUUCGUACGAUAUCACUCCGACUAGGACAUAACCCUCAUUCCUUCUCGGGCCAUUUAUUCCGCAUUGGAGCAGCCACAGCUGCCUCCGGUAAUCACGUACCAACUCACAUCAUUAAAAUAUGGGUCGGGGGAUAUCAUCCGCAUACAACAAAUACAUCCCCAAUCCUGAGAAAGAAAUAAGAUUGUCUUUCUGUGAAAUGUCUAAAUAAUGAUCUGCUGAAUAAAUGUAUCUGACUUGUAAGAAUCGCUUCUUAUAUUUUUGCCCUCUUUUACAGGUCUAACCUCAUGUCAGUUUCGGCACACCUCAACUGACUUUGCUCUUACUACUGUUGCUUCUUUAUUAUUGUUCCUUACGUCCUCGAAAUGUGACACACACACACACACACAUGAUUUGUCUAGCUAAUGCCUUGAUUUAACCCCUUCGUGACCACGGACUCUGCUCUGUUUACACUAGGGUUAAUCCAGCCUCUAGUGGCUGUCUCAUUGACAGCUGCUAGAGGCGCUUCCGCGCUUCUCACUGUGAUUUUCACAGUGAGAAGACGCCAGCGUCUUGCCGCGCAUGCGCAUUUCACCGAUGACUUCGGAAGAGGGAGGAGAGUCCACAGCGCUGGAGAAAGGUAAGAUUUUAACCCCUUUCUCCCCGCUACAGCCCAGCAGGAGGGGGCCACGAGGGUGGGGGGACCUAUUAACACUAUAGUGCCAGGAAAACGAGUUUUCACUAUAGUGGUCCUUUAACACAAACACAGCAGAAAUGUAAAAACAGCCCUGGUACCAAACGGUAAGAAAAUUGAAAACCGGCCUGGUCACUAAGGGGUUAAUAAGCUUACCAAAUAAUUCAAUACGGUUUUGAAAAACAUAUUUAUCUGCUGAAGUCAAGAUGUGUUAUAAAGUAAGUAGCUUGAGUGCUGAUGUAGAUUAGAAGCAGGGCAUUGCCCCUUUUAGUAGAAACUAUGCCCUUUUGUUACAGACAGGGGUAUAUGGGAUAUAUGACUGGCAUGGGGAACAGUGAGUUUGCUGUUAGGAAAUCUCUGUUCCUGGGCCUGUAGCCAUGAACCUUCCUUAUAGUUAGCAUGGUUAAGUGUUGUUUUUUUUUUUUUUUUCCGGCAGUCAAGGGUUUAGAGGGCACAUUUUCAGCAGACACACACUACUGGUAUUGGAGCUUAGCUUGGUAUCUACAUGAAGUCACUCAUGACUUAGUUGUUAAUUGUUUUGCCCUGGCAGCUGAUAUUCAAUUCCUUAUAAAGGUUUUAAAUAGGGGGGGGGGAGAGAAUCUUUUUAUUUUUCUUUAUUAUGUUUUUGUAUUUUUUAUACUAAAAGGAACAUUGUUUGAGAUUUACAUGCAGCUAAAAUAUAGUUUAACGUGGAUCAACUGUCACGGCACCAAUCCAACAUAGGUGUCUGUGGCGCAUCAUGAUGCUGUCUGCGUGAUCGCCACCCACGUCUCUAUCAAAAGGCUCCACCUAAUUGACGUAGUUAAUGAUGCAAACAUAUGUGUGUGUUAUUUGGUGUCACAUGGGGCAAAAUUACCAAUGGCUACCCUCUUAAAGGUAUAAAAUCCUUAUUUUUUUUGGUUCUGUACUGUGCCAUUUUGUGGUUUCUAUUCUAUGGUUAUCCGAGAGCGCUUUUAUCUUGUUUUGUAGCAUUAGGUUUUCUGGCCUUGGCUUGUGUAUGACUAUUCUUCUUUCUGUGUCCCCUGACCUUGGCUUGUCUUAUCGCACUUUGUCUCAUUCUGUGUUCCUGACUUUGGCUUGUCUUAUACUAUUCAACAUAGCGUUGUCUGGCCACUCUAAGGCCCGGUAAUACACUUUAUUAUUAUUAUUAACAAUACCUGUUAAUAAUACCUAUUACCUGUUAAAUAAGUACUGUGUGUUGGGUAUUAAUACAGCCUGUGGGGAUAUUUAUGGGAUAAUAAUAGUAAACAGUGAGAAUUGCCCACUAAUUCAAUUCUCAGAUCCCAAAGAUCGUUAUCGUGUAAGUGAAAAGUAUUCCAUACAAUUAAUGAUCAAAAUGUGUUAUAAAAAUAUAUUUAUUUAUUAUGACCAAUAAUUAACAAUAAUAUUAGGUAGCAUGUAUGAUAAUAAUCAGCUAGUAUUUAGUACAACAUAGUAUACAAUGGAAUGGGUAUACACGUUUCAAUGGCUAAACAGCAUUUUCUGUCAAGACUUACACGAUUUAUGAGGUAUCCUUACAGACACAGAAAGCGAAGCUUUUCACAGCGAAGGGCCAUAAAACCCUGGCUAACAGUUAGAUCAACUGAAUAACCCUUUCAAUGCUGGCUAGAUCCUCCUAGGCAUAUAGUAUCCUAUACUCCAGUUGAGUAGAUAUUUUCAUCAGAUUGGUAGGUAGUCUCAGGAACUUAUUUGGAUGUCUCUCUGCAUGGAGGUGUGUAGGAAUUUCUGAGUGUCCUAUAGUGUAUAUCUGUCAUAGGCCUCUCUGCAUUGCUCCCGACUGCUCACUUCCAGAUAGCAAUUUAGUAUUUGGUCUAUAGAGGGCAGUCUUGUCCCACUAAACAUACCUAUCCAGGAAAGAGUUAACUUUUCUUGGUGGCUAUUUUGACGUCAUUUUGCUUUAUCUUUAUAGUUGCCAUAACUUACGUUUUCUUUCACUUCAAAGGGUUUUCUCUUAGUUAUGUCCAGACUUAGUGUCCGCAAUUCCUGCUAUAAUUUCUAAUAUGACAGUUCGUAAACUAAGUUUCACCUUAAACUACAAUGGGAGGUUAUACAAUAUAAAAAAUAAAAUUAAAUUAUUUAAUCUCCUCUGUCACCAAUGUCUGGGUUUAGAAUUGAUUAUAUUCCAUUAGCAUUUGGACAGUCUGUCCAACCCCCGUUCUCCUUAUCACUUGGUUUGUAUAUACUAUGCAUUCCUUUAGCUCUGGGAAAGUGGUUAGUUUUACAGAUAGAAAUCUAUGUCUCUUGUUACCUUGAAAAUAACAAAAUGGAGUCUGCUCUAUUCAGAGUGACUCAGCAUAUACACUUUUAAUUUCUAUCAUAGCACAAGAUGUCUGCCGAUUAUAAACACCCUGACACCAACAGACUGUUAAGUCAACCUAUUCACUUUUGCAUGUUCACCCCAAAUAUAAUUAGACAUUAAAAUUAGUUUGUCUAAGUUUCAAUAAAACUUGCACAAAUGUAUGUUAAGAAAAUGUACAUAAAUGGUAUUGAAGUAUAAAUUUGCUAAUUAAUAUACACUUCUUUAAAAAUAAAGAAUUGAUAUUAGAUACUUGAUUUAGUAUAAAAAAGAAAUCACCAUAUAGGAUAAAAUUCACAACCUUUACAUUACAAGUCUUACUUUGUACCACAAACUACCAACAAGGACGAGUCACCAUCAACAAAAGGGGACAUAAAGCGGCUCCUUGUGGACCUACAGAAGGUCUGGAAGGAGGAUCUCCGGGUGGUCCAGCCUGAAAUAGGAGUCCAGGAACUGGAAGUGCGACAGACCUCCAGAGAUGAGAAGUUUCAAGCCACCGAUGACCAACUGGAAGGACUUACCUCUCAGGUGCAGCAUUUGAGCUGAGCGGUGACUAUGCUGGAGGUCCAUCACAGGCAAAGGAACCUGCACCUCAGAGGCAUUUGUGAAACGAUCCACAGUGGGAGGCUCCUACCAUAUGUCCACGACCUGAUAACUUCCAUGGGCAUUAAAAGCAACUGCAACUUGCCACUCGAUCACCUUGGCGUUUUGAGUGCAGAAAUCUGCUGUGCCACCCAUUGAAGCACCCAGGGACAUUAUUGCGGUGACCCUGGAUGUCAGCAAGGUCAGAGAUUAUGAACUGAGCUAGGGGUCACAGAGUGGAUAUAUACUCCACUAUCCCAUUCUCCAUCCUAACAAAAAGGGGAGGUUGGCACCAAUAGCCAGAAGAUUGCAAGACUCUUCCAUCCGAUACCGCUGGGGUAUGGAGUGAUCCCUCUUAGCUGACAAGGGAGGCAAGGGUUUCACACCCAGUCACGACCAGAAACCUCAUCGUCUUCACAGAGGCCAGAUGAGCAGGGGGACAUCACCAACCGCAAGCGUAACAUGACACAAAGAAGUGCUACCAAGAGGCAGGAACCACAGCUCAGAGUCCCAGUCAUCAGUUCCAACUGUCAUCUGACUGUCUACACAGCGCCUAGCACUAUCGGAUGCUCCUCAUGAUGAGCCACAUACAGCCGCUUGGCCCUUUUUUAAUUCCACUAACACUUUCUAUAUACAGUAGCAUACGCAAAUGUGAGAUAUAUAGAUAAUGCAAUACAAAAUUCUGUUUGAGUUACUGUACCCAUCUGUGUCCCUAUCAUGCUCAAAUAUGUUUUUCUAUUCAUAUAUUUUGGAAAAGUUGUAUAAUGCUAACAACCAUAGGCGUGCCCAACCUAUUGCAUUAGGGUGUGCACCCUAAAGCACAAACUCACGCCGCGUGUAUAUGUAUGUAUGUAUGUAUGUAUAUACAUAUGCACACACAUACAUACACUGCUGUGUGUGUGCUGUGUAAGGGAGCUGUGUGUGUGUGUGUGCGGGUGCUGGUAGUGUGCUACAUGGGUGAGGGUGUAUGUGUGUGUUUGUGAGGUUGCUGGUAGUGUGCUGUUUGCGUGUGUGAGGGUGUUUGUUAGGGUGCUGGUAGUGUGUUGUGUGAGGGUGCUGUGUGUGUGUGUGAGGGUGCUGUGUUGUGUGUGUGUGUGUGUGUGUGAGGGUGCUGUGUUGUGUGUAUGUGUGAGUGCUGUUUGUCUAUGUGUGUGUGCUGCAUGUUUGGAGGGAUUGUGGGGGUGGAGGUGGUGGCAGAUUAGUAAGCAUCCCCCCUCCCUCCCUACCUUAUGUAGGGAGGGGGAUCCUUGCUGCCAUGUGAUCCAGUGGAGAGUGAACUCUAGCCUGCAGGGCUAGAGUUCACUCUUGCGAAAUGGCAAAGCUCAGAUCUCGCGAGAGGAACCCGGCGGAGCUGCUGGCUAGAGCUCCCCGGGUCCUCUCCUGCCUCCCUCCAUGCUUCUGUGGGUCUGUGAGGUAGAUCUUUGAUCUCCCCACCGGCCUAUGAAGGCUUAGAGCAGAGCCGGCGCUCGGGUAGCGCCAGCUCUGCAUGAGCCGACAGGGGAGAUCCUGAGAUCUCCCCUGCCGCUCUCAAUCCGUAGGCGGGCUGCGGGGAUUAGGAUGUGCCCAGGCACACCCCGUACAUACGACUAUGCUAACAACUUAAUAAAAUACUAAUUAAAAAUAAGAAACCCUGCCAUACCCAAUUCUUCAACUUUAGAUGGCUGGCUCUCCAAGUUUGAGCUUUAUUAAUGCAAAAUGCCACUUUCUACUCUGUCUUUAUAGCACUAGUUGAUUGUAGCAAAAAAAAUAAACUGGUGUCUACAUAUUUCAGAGAAACAUUAUAAAACCACUUUUAUAUAAAUCUAAUUAGAGGUCUGUCUGUAAACUGUAUGGUAUUAAAUUCAAUUGAUCACAAAGUGAUUCCAUUUUCAAUAUACCCAAUAUUGCAGAAAAGAAAUUACACCAACCUUGCCCUAUGAAGUAAGAAGAGCUAAGGAAAUUCAUUGCCGAUUUGGACCUAAAGGUAGUGACCAAGCAUAUGAUGUGAUAUUUGAUCUUCACAAUACAACAUCACACAUGGGUCCAACCUUAAUCCUGGAAGAUUCUAAAGAUGAUUUUGUUAUACACAUGAGUCAUUAUAUCCAGGUAUGUGUGUGAUACCAGUUUCUUCUGUACUGUAUUGUAAUCAUUUGGUCUAGGAAUCCCAUUUUUAAAAAUCUAUUUAUUUAUGGAAUGCAAACGCUAUAACUUAAAAAGGUGGACUGCUAACAGCAGUAGUACCCCUUUAAUUCAGUUAUAGGCUUACCACAAAGUCCACUGCAUUUGCAGUUAUACCAUUUAAAAAGAGAUGCCUUACCAAGUGCAGUGAGUGCAGGAUCUGACAAAGGCCUCGAUUUGAUUAUUUUUGGAUAAACUUUUUUAACAUUUUUUAAACUAUCAAAAGAUAUAUACAUAUAUCAAAAUAUUACAAUAUUUUUCAUAAUAUUAAAUAAUUUUAAAAGUUAAUAAAAAAAAUAUUAAUUAAUUUGAAAAGCCAAAGUUGGAAAAAGUGAUAUUUGUAUCGUCAGUUGAUUAGACUACACCAUAUCGUUUAUUUUUGGGUAAGACCAUGUUUUUAAUUUGUGCCUGAGAUGACUGUUAAUUGAGGCAUAGAAUAGUCAUUAUCUCCAUUUUUGUUUGUGUUUCAUCCACAGUUCAUGCGGACUACAGGUGCAGUUGAGGUUGAUGUACUAAUGUAGAGAAGAAUAUUUUUAGGCCCCCUCUAGCACAAGGGUGGCCAAUAGGUAGAUCUUCAUUUGUUGAACUCCCACAAUGCAAUGCCAGCUAGGGAUUUACCAUUUGCUUAUUCUUGCAGGGUAGUAUUUGUGAGCAGUGUUUGUGCGUUUGAAUGUACCAUGUUUUUGCAUAGAGUUUGUGUGCAUAUAGGAGUGUAUUUGUAUGUAGUGUUGCCAUUGGAAUGCAGAGGUGUACUUGUGUGUAGUGUUUACAUUUAAAUGUAGGGUUGUGUUUGUAUGUAGUGUUGGGGUUUUGUAUAUAAUUACAUAGCUGAAAAGAGACUUGUGUCCAUCAAGUUCAGGAUUCCUCACAUAUGUUUUUGUUGUUGCUCCAAAAGAAGGCAAAAAACCCAGUCUGAAGCGCUUCCAAUUUUGCAACAAACUAGGGAAAAAUCCCUUCUUGACCCCAAAAUGGUGGUCCGAUAUCUCCUUGGAUCAAGCAGCUAUCCUCCCACUAAUUAGAAAUUAUAUCCCUGUAUGUUAUGUUUUUGCAAGUAUUUAUAAAAUUUCUGUUUAAACAUCUGUACAGACUCUGAUAAAACCUUAGAUGAAAUCUCCUUUCUUCAAGCCUAAAUGCGUGACCUCGUGUCCUAUGUAAAGCCCUGUUAUGAAAAGAUUUCCAAAUAAUGGUUUGUACUGGCCCCGAAUAUAUUUGUAUAAUGUUAUCAUAUCCCCUCUGAGGCGCCAUUUUUCCAAACUAAAGAGAUUUAACGUUUUUAACCUUUCUUCGUAACUAAAAAGCUCCAUUCCUUUUAACAAUUUUGUAGCCCUUCUCUGCACUUUUCCUAGUACCAUGAUAUCCUUCUUUAGAACAGGUGCCCCAAAUUGCACAACAUAUUCAAGAUGUGGUCUGAUCAGCGAUUUAUAAAGAGGCAAAAUUAUAUUUCCAUCCUGAGAAUUUAUGCCCCUAUUUAUACAUGACAAUACCUUACUGGCCUUAGCAACUGCAGAUUGACAUUGCAUAUUGCUGCCUAAUUUGUCUAUAACAAUUCCCAAAUCCUUUUCGUGUGUGGUUAUCCCUAAUUCACUACUAUAGUUUUAGCUUUUUAAUACAGGGGGUGUGUUUGUAUGUAGUGUUGGCUUUUAAAUGCAGGGGUGUGUUUGUAUAUAAUGUUUGUGUUUGCUGGAAUGUAUGCACUUACAAUACCACAUACAUACAUACAUACAUACAUACAUACAUGCUUACACAGAUAUACACACUCACUGACACACACCUAGAUAUAGACACUGAACAGAAUACAUACAACCUGACACAGAGAUACACACACACACACACACACAGAUUAUGACAUACAAAUACACACACUGUGUCUCCCUCAGUAGCUGCUUUUCUCAGAGCUGAUAGUCUGAUGGAAGGCUGAGCCGGAGGAGAUGGCUGCAGCCUCUCUCCCCCCUAUCUCAGGCUAAGCUACCUAAUAAUAAUGCAUUUUAAAAUGUCCCAUCAAUGAUCUGCUAAUAUUAAUUGUUGUUUUUUUAUUUUAUCAGUGUUCAGGAAAAUAGUUUUAUUAUUCUUUCUUUAUUGGCUGUAAACUUAUUCCUUAGAAAUGUCUAUUGAAGUGGGCACAAGUAAAGACUGUUCACUUUUAUUUUUUAAAUUGUAUGUAAUUUUUAUUUAUGGAAAAAGGUAAAAAAUGUAAUAUGGGAAUUGAGGCGUAGAUACAUUGUGAAAAGCUAUAUUAUUUAAUUUUGUUGUUAGCUUGUGUUUUGCAUAAACAGUCUACUGCAUUAACACAGUCUAGACAUUGUAUGAGGACUGAGAGCAACAGAUAAAACCGGAGAGGAACACAAAAUAUUACAGAACAUCAGCAUUGAAUCCUGAUCAUUGUUGAUAUUACAGAACUCCAUGGCCCCAUUGCAGUGUACUGUGCUGUUGCUUGACCACCCUGGCAUGAAAUAUUCAACAACACGCUCUAUAUCAAAACAUCCUGUUGGUAAGCAACCUCUAUAGCGAUUACUACAUAAGGGUCAUGUCAAGUUAAUACUAAACAAUUGCUGCUGCCUAUCUGUACAGAAAUGUAUAAAAUAACAUUUGUAUGUAUUUCUAACCGCAUUCACAGUAAAUGUAAACCCUGGCCCCACUGUGAAAGAUGUCUCAUUUACAAGAGAAGGUUUCAAAGGUCUUACUGGAACCUGGUCAGAUCCCAUUAAAACAAUGCUUGACUCUGAUUACAUGGAAAGAUAUUAAAAUCAUGAUUUAUUUUACUAGUAGCUGCAUCAGUAUGAUCAUUGGUUUUCCAGUCUGUGUGAUGGCCGGCCAGUCAACACUUAAGUUACAUGUAGUCAGCUGUACAAAUAAAGGGUCAGGCUUAAAGAUGCACUGUCACCCCCCUAUUCCCCUUGAAAAUUAAAUAGAUCAUAAAAUCUUUAUCAGAAAUACUAUUUUUAGUAUCCACUGAAAUGCCAACCCAGUAGAGAUUUACUGAGACGAAGUAGCGAAUACGUUUUCUCUGUAUAUUUCCUAUACCUGACACUUCUAGACAAUGUCUGCGCUAACGCCAUCAAGAAGUGUCAAUCUCCCAGCCGGCAUCAGUAACUGCUGAUGGGAAUAUCCUCUGUCUGUGGAGGCGUUGGAUCCUUCAUAGACUUCAAUGCUGUACUCUCGCUCAUGCGCUAGAGUAUGGCAGUGACGUCAGCUUUUAGCGUUAAAAUGCCAGGGACUCAAAAGGACCGACUGGAGGAAGAUGGCCUCCCCUGCAAGGGAGAGAUUUAGCUAUGUAGAACUUACCAUUACCUGCACCACGGCCAUCAGACUCCCAACAGCAAUGUCACCAUUGGGGGUCUCUUUGAAUUCUGCAAAGUUCCAAGACGGUGCCGGUGCCCUUUAACCACUGAAAGCUAAUUAAUGUAACUUCAGAAAGAAGAUCCAUAAGGCCUAAACUUACAUAACAAUAGGAGGGGGAGGGAGAGGGUGGAUAAUCCUUAUAACAUUGUUUAUAUGUUAUGUGUUAAGUUACAAAAGCAUAACAGAGCUUCUUUAAGUGAGCACCAAACUUUUUAUUUUUAUUUUUUUGGGAGGUGUGGAGUCUUUAGUGUGAAAGAGGCAGAAUGUGACAUAUAUUGCAUAAAAAAGUAAUCUGUAUAAUCUGCAGCCACGAGAACAAACUCCAUUAAACAAAACGUGUACAACAUACAUGAUUAUUACUACUUCUUUUACAAUACAAAUACUUUAAUAUGUUAGUGCCACAAAUUUAAGUUAGAUAUUUAUGUUUAAUAUUAUUCAGUUCAUAACAUAUGCUGCUUUACAAUGUUUUUGACAGGUGUGGAAAUUGGGCCUCAGGCACAUGGUAUUGUUAGAGCGGAUAUUCUAGACCAAAUGAGGAGGAUCGUAAAAUAUGCCCUUGAUUUUAUACAGUAUUUCAAUGAAGGUACUAAUGUGUGUGUUUGUUUUUUGUUAUGUUUUUUUUUCUUCUUUAAUCUGAGUUAAAUAUUAAAUAAAAUUCAAAACCUUUUGUGAUAUCUUGAUCUUCAAGCUUACAUUGUGACUUAUACGACUGGUUUCUUUUUGGACACUAGAUUGAUUGUUUUUGGGCCCAUGCUGUAUAUAUAUAUAUAUGUAUAUAAAAUCUAGCAUAAUAUAUUGACACCAUGCCACUGUUAUAAGUUUAUUUAAAAUUAGUCUCUUAGAACUCCCACUAAGGCAUGUCUUCUUUUAAUACCGUAAAUUCCAAAAAUUCUAGGGUAGGUCUUGUGGGCAAAGAGUGUAAAUUUAAAUAGCUGAUAAUAAUCCAAUAAACUACAGAAUACAUUUGCUGAGGCAUUCAUGUUAAAAUAUGUUGGAAUAAGAAGUGCUCCAAAUGUGCCUUCCCCAAAGUAGAUGGGGGACUGAUACUCUUUUUCAGGAUGAUGGUAUCACCGUAAUCAGGAACCAGAAAGGACUCCGAAAGGUAGAUAGGCAUAAAAAAUUAAUUAUUGGGUAAAAAAAAUUUUUAAAUAUCGGUUUUACGUGUUUCGGCCCACCUUCCUCAGAGACCAAAUUGUAAAUUAAAGCAAUAACCAUUAUGAUUCUCCCAAAGCAGCCUAAUCUCACCCUCCCAUGAGUCCCCUUAAAUAGGGCUAGUCCCUCGAAUUCAUUGGUGCUUCAGUGGGUGUCUUCUUGUCUUUCUAGUUACAUUAGAGGGUCCACUUUCCACUUCACCUGUUUCUUCGUUCGUUGUAACACGCAUUUCUUCUCUCAGCGUAUUCAAAUUCUACUGAUCAGCAGAAAACCGGAAGGGCUGUCUGAGAUGCAAUUCCAUGCGUUCCAUUAGGUCUACUAAUCCAAGAUGGCCGUGCGUUCCACUGUGGAUCCAAGAAAGUAAUAGGAUUUCCUCCUGAAAUGACCCGAGGAUUGGAUAGCCGAUUCAUCAGAUGGAGAAAGAAAUUAACUUGUCAUGCUCUGCUGGAGAGAGUCCAUCCACUAAGGGAAAAGUGCAAUUAAUUUCAAGUAUGGAUUCCCUUAAAUGAUAAUUUAAAUAUAUUAAAGAAAAUGUAUAAUAAAAAUCUCAAAGUGCAAUAUAUGUAUCUGAUUUAGCAUAUGAUAUUCACAGCUAUCUCAAUUCUAAGUUUAUAAUAUAAGGCAGUUAGCCAAUUAAAAUGUACAUCAACUCUGUGAAUUCAUACAUUUUCUAAAAUUGAAUGUUAGUGCCACACAUGGUCCAUAAAUUCUUUCCCCAAAAGGGUAUUUAAAUUGUGUAAUAAUAAAGGGAUUGGAUAACUAUAUAAAGCAUCCCCAUAGUUUAUAUACAAUAGUUAUAAUCGGCCAAAAAAAUGAAAAAAAAUAAAACAAAGGUUUUUUUAACAAAUUAGCAGAGGCAAUAUGCAAAAAACAAACCAGAUCUAUAUCAACAUUCAGUCCCCUAGUGUUAAAUUUUCACAGUUUGCGGAUCGAAUAGGUUUCUCGUUGAGAUUUUUUACCCUAUCAACAUCCUAGGGGACUGAAUGUUGAUAUAGAUUUGAUUUGUUUUUUUGUAAAUUGUUUUAUGCAUAUUGUCUCUGCUAAUUUGUUACAAAUUUAAAAAAUUUUUUUUUUCAGAUUUAUAACUAUUGUAUAUAAACUAUGGGGAUGCAUAUAAGCUUUAUAUAGAUAACCGAUCCCUUUGUUAUGACAUCAUUUAAAUACUCUUUUGGGGAAAGAAUUUAUGAACCAUGUUGGCAACCAAUGGGUAUGUGUGGAACUAACAUUCAAUGUUAUAAUAUGUAUGAAUUCACAGUCCAAUUGAAUGAUUCUAAAACUGGAGAAUACAUCAACUGAGUUGAUGUACAUUUUAACUGGUUAGCUGCCUUAUAUUAUAAACUUAGAAUUGAGAUAGCUGUAAAUAUCAUAUGCUAAAUCAGAUACAUAUAUUGCACUUUGAGAUUUUUAUUAUACAUUUUCUUUAAUAUAUUUAAAUAAUCUUUUUAACGGAAUCAAUACUUGAAAUUAAUUGCACUUUUCCCUUAGUGGAUGGACUCUCUCGAGCAGAGCAUGACAAAUUAAUUUCUUUCUUCAUCUGUUGAAUCUGCUAUCCAAUCCCCAGGUAAUUUCAGAAGGAGAUCCUAUUACUUUCUCUGAUCCACUGUGGAACGCACGGCCAUCUUGGAUUGGUAGACUUAAAUACGCUGAGAGAAGAAAUGCUUGUUACAACGAACGAAGAAACAGGUGAAGUGGAGAGUGGACCCUCUAUUAGGACUAGAAAGAGAAGAAGACACCCACUGAAGCACCAAUGAAUUCAAGGGGCUAGCCCUAUUUAAGGGGACUCAUGGUAGGGUGGGAUUAGACUGCUUUUGGGAGCAUCAUAAUUGUUGUUGCUUUAACUUACAAUUUGGUCUCUGAGGAAGUUCCAAUGUUGGGACUAAACACGUAAAACUGAUAUUUUUAAAAAGAUUAACUCAAUCCUUUUUUUUUUUUUUUCUUUAUGCCUAUCUACCUUUCAGGGUCAUGUUUGGUUCCUGAUUACGGUGAUACCAUCAUACUGAAAAAGAAUAUCCGCCCCCUCCAUCUACUUCGGGGGAGGCACCUUUGGAGCGCUUUUUAUUACAGCAUCUUAUAUAUCAGCUGAAUCCCACAACCUGUGUUUUGUAUAUUUCUACAACUUGUUGAGACCACCACUUGGGAGGUAAUCUGCAGGAAGCUGUUUCUAUAUUAUUGAUAAGUAUUACCCUUUAUUAUCUUUGUGUUAGUAUUAUUUUUGUAGUGUUUUGUAAUAAGUCUGUUGGAAUAUGUUUGUAAAAAAAAAAAUAUAUAAAAUGAGGCUGAUGCAUAUAUGCCAUAGAACACAUUCUGGUAUGAAAAUUGGUUCAUCAUAUUCAAAUGAAUUCUCUUUUAAACCGAAAAAGAAAAUAUAUGGUAAUAUUGCACAAUUCGCCAGAAUAAAAAAUGUGCUUACAAAAAAGAACUCACAAUCUGUGAUAUCCUAGUGUUCCACUGGGAUAUACAUGGGAUCAGUCACUGCAUCUUGCAUAAGCCAUGCUAAUAAAAGGCGUUGCAAUAUUUCAAAUGUGAAAUAAGAGCUGGUACUAUUUAUUGUGUAAGAGUCUCUCCUGCAGCUGGUAGAAUUAUCACCCAUAAGUUUGUCUGCACUCCAAGUUGAACUAAAAUGUCCUAGAACAUCUAAAAAGGUUACACGUUUAUUUGUACUUUUGCUUUUUGUUUUUUUUUUACUUGAACUUUUUGAAUAGCUAGCAUAUUGGUGACUCGAUAUUUUAGGUCUCUUUAAAUAACCAGAUCUUCAGACACUCACCCUAAAUAAAAUGUAAGAUAUUUGAAAUAGUAAUUAGAAGCUAUGCCAGGCUUUUACCCUAUGCAAAUAUUUGCCUUAUACCUAAUGGAAAUGUGUUAUACUGUAUUCACACAACUAUACCAGGGCUACCUUUCCGCUGUAAUUAGCGACAGAAAAGGUAAUUUUUAAUAGUAAAUUUAAACUUGCAAUAAUUAUAUUAAUAAAAAAAUAAAAUGUCAAGUGUGGGGGAAGGGAGGGUAAUCAAAUCAUUAAAUAUUUAAAAUAUGCAUUGGAAUGGGUAAAAUCAUUUAAAAAAAAUAUUUUUUUAAUAUAAAUGCAAUCUUUUAAAACAUGCCACUUUGUGUCAUUUGUAGGUAGAGUGUUUGCACCAUGCAGUAUCAAUGCAUACCAAGUUCUGGAAAAGGAAGUAUACCCCAGGGAUGAAAAUGGUGAUCUUAUUGCGUGCAUUCAUAGUAAACUCCAGGUACAGUUUGUUUCAUUACAUUGUCUGUCAUCUGUCAGUACAUAAAUUUAACAUUCUAGAUUUCAAGAAAAGAGGGAGAGCCUGUGGUCAUUUAAUGAUCCACAUUUAAUAGUUUUAUUUAAGGCCGCCCAUUUAGUUUUCUCAUAAUUAGGAAGAUUACUUAUCAAAAGCAAAACUCUUGUCCUGUGAAAUUAACACUAGGCAACAAACUGUUUUUGACACACAUUUUUGAGAGUAUCUCUGCAUGUAGCCAAGUCUAGUUCCAUUCAUGAAAAACAUCUCUACGUUUUUGUAUUUUUUUUUUUUUUAAUUCUUUAUUUUUGCUGUGCAUAUGUGUAGUACAGGCAGGUGAGAAGUGCCCCAAGAGCAGUCCUCCAACAUUUCCCACGCUCAAAAUGCGGGGCACAAUUUUAUAUUGAUGACAGGUAUAAACAAACGAUUGUAUAGUAAGAUGCAUAUGUCAGGGUGAAAUAUUCAGAGGUAUGACACGUGCAAGUAUAAUAUUAACACGGAGAUAGCAGGCUAGUAAGCAUCAUCUUCUGGUAUAGCAUGCUAGAUUUAAACAGACUGAUAGCUUAAUUGUAUGCUUGCUUGCUUGCUUAAUGACACGUUCGAUUAACAUAAGUCAAAAUAUUCAGGUAUUAAGAAGCAUAUAGGUAGGCAGUAAACCGUCCACAUGAGUGAUAACAAACAUUGCUUAAUGGGAUGUACAUUUAAAGGUUAUGCGUUAUAUGACAUUAUUGACAUUUCCUGGUUUGGUUAUAACCGGUUGGACAUAACAAGCUAGUUACGAGGCCAUGCGUUUAGACUGGAAGAAAGAAGAUUUUGCCUAAGGCAAAGGAAAGGUUUUUUUACUGUAAGAACAAUCAGGAUGUGGAAUUCUCUGCCUGAGGAAGUGGUUUUAUCAGAGUCCAUACAGAUGUUCAAACGGCUACUAGAUGCAUACUUGCAAGAACAGAAUAUUCAAGGAUAUAAUCUUUCAAUGUAGGGUAAUAACUGCUUGAUCCAAGGAUAAAUCUGACUGCCAUUCUGGGGUCAAGAAGGAAUUUUUUUCCUAGCUUGUUGCAAAAUUGUGCUUCAAACUGGGUUUUUUGCCUUCUUUUGGAUCAACAGCAAAAAACAAAUGUGAGGAAGGCUGAACUUGAUGGACGCAAGUCUCUUUUCAGCUAUGUAACUAUGUAACUAUGUAACUAUGUAACAUCUCCUGAGUGCACAGUAGCAUAAUAUACAUUAGAUAGGGUUGCAGGCUAUUCUGGCAUGCCUCGCUACUGGAUACAGAGCAAGCCUGCCCUGACAGUCUCAGGCUCACAAGUCAAAUGUGCACUAGUACUGCAGUUAGGUUUGAGUAUUUAGGCAUAGGACUAGGUGAACUGGGGUCUGUACCAGACCUUGCUCUUCAGAAGUGAGAAGAAUCAAAAGCAAACAUACUAACUAUAUAACUAACUAUAUAAACCACUGUGUCCCCACUCACCCAAUCGCUACUUGAGUUGCAGUGUAGAGUAAGCCCUGCAGAGUUAGACUUAUAGAAUAGAGUGAUGAAAGGUAGGAACUCAAGUCCAAAUUAGUAUUUUGCUAGGUUAUAAAUAGCUCAUUAGCGUAGGGUGGCAGCGUUGUCCAAUUAGGUAACAGCCAAAAGUGGAUGGGGACCAGACCUGUAAUGUGAGUCCAGGUUCAGCUGACGCCAGUGCAUGGGAGCCCGCUGAGGCAGGCAUGGGGCGUUUUGAGGCAGGUGUAGAGAUUGGUAUCCCUCCAGUCCCAGGCCCUGAUGAGAGGGCUCAAGUUAGAGUUCGGUGGCUCAAGUUAGAGUCCGGAUCCUUCCCAUGUUGGAGAUAGUAUGAGCUCCAGGUGUUUCUUCGUUGCCUGCGCCGUCGGGACUUCAGCUUCUGUGGAUGAUGCCGGGAAAUUGCCUCCCUGUGUGCUCUCCGCCCGGGUGGGCCAGUGAGUGCAGGUACUUUGUGCGGCUUGGUAGUUGUGCCCAGAGGGGGCCCGCUCUUUCCCCGCCCCUCUCCAUUCCACAUGCAAGUCCAGCCCCGUGCCGGCUCCGCCAGUGUAUGAGCCUCCAAUUUGGCCCAGAAGCGCUCGAAGGCUGCAUCUAUGCGCUGUGCUAGGGAAUCCAUUGUGCUCCCCUGGGUCAGCGCCAACAGCGUGUUCUCGUGUUGGGUCUGCACUGCCGCCAUCUUGUGUGUUGUUGCUGCGGUCUGUGCUAGUGCCUUAUUCUCAGGUUGCUGUGUGUUCGGGUUUGUGUGGUGGGCCAUUGGGGAACGGGAUAACCCCCGCUGGUCCAAAGGGGUUGACAGCUUUAAGUGGAGGCCACACUGUCGGUCCUUGAACCGGGAGAGCGGCUGUCUCCCCUCAGUUCCAGCGCGGGUAGGCCGCAAGCCUCGAGUCAGGCAAUUCAGCGGGGGAGACCCUUGCAACGGGUAUCCCCGGGUGCUGCGUCGUUCCAUGAGCAAGAAGGUUGCGGUCUGCAGGAGUGAGUGGACCGGGAGUAAUCCCCAUGAAUUAGAGCAAGGCCUGGGAGCUCUAGCUGAGCACAUACAGGCAGCAUGGCAGUCAAGCUCCGCCCCCCCACGUUUUUGUAUAUUAAAACACUUGAGUGCGCUCUGGUCUGCAGUAUCCAUUUAAUUCUGUGGGUGUAUAUGUGGCCAGCUAAAAUAUUGUGUGUCUUAAUAUAUAUGAUACGUUUUCUAAGCAAACCCAUUCCCAUGGUGGUUUGCUAGUCACGUUAGUCCUCAGAGAAUCAUGCUAACCUUUAUGUUCUUGAUACAAAUGUAUUUCUUGAAUUAAAGGGAUACUAUACAGGGAGUGCAGAAUUAUUAGGCAAGUUGUAUUUUUGAGGAUUAAUUUUAUUAUUGAACAACAACCAUGUUCUCAAUGAACCCAAAAAACUCAUUAAUAUCAAAGCUGAAUAUUUUUGGAAGUAGUUUUUAGUUUGUUUUUAGUUAUAGCUAUGUUAGGGGGAUAUCUGUGUGUGCAGGUGACUAUUACUGUGCAUAAUUAUUAGGCAACUUAACAAAAAACAAAUAUAUACCCAUUUCAAUUAUUUAUUAUUACCAGUGAAACCAAUAUAACAUCUCAACAUUCACAAAUAUACAUUUCUGAAAUUCAAAAACAAAACAAAAACAAAUCAGUGACCAAUAUAGCCACCUUUCUUUGCAAGGACACUCAAAAGCCUGCCAUCCAUGGAUUCUGUCAGUGUUUUGAUCUGUUCACCAUCAACAUUGCGUGCAGCAGCAACCACAGCCUCCCAGACACUGUUCAGAGAGGUGUACUGUUUUCCCUCCUUGUAAAUCUCACAUUUGAUGAUGGACCACAGGUUCUCAAUGGGGUUCAGAUCAGGUGAACAAGGAGGCCAUGUCAUUAGAUUUUCUUCUUUUAUACCCUUUCUUGCCAGCCACGCUGUGGAGUACUUGGACGCGUGUGAUGGAGCAUUGUCCUGCCUGAAAAUCAUGUUUUUCUUGAAGGAUGCAGACUUCUUCCUGUACCACUGCUUGAAGAAGGUGUCUUCCAGGAACUGGCAGUAGGACUGGGAGUUGAGCUUGACUCCAUCCUCAACCCGAAAAGGCCCCACAAGCUCAUCUUUGAUGAUACCAGCCCAAACCAGUACUCCACCUCCACCUUGCUGGCGUCUGAGUCGGACUGGAGCUCUCUGCCCUUUACCAAUCCAGCCACGGGCCCAUCCAUCUGACCCAUCAAGACUCACUCUCAUUUCAUCAGUCCAUAAAACCUUAGAAAAAUCAGUCUUGAGAUAUUUCUUGGCCCAGUCUUGACGUUUCAGCUUGUGUGUCUUGUUCAGUGGUGGUCGUCUUUCAGCCUUUCUUACCUUGGCCAUGUCUCUGAGUAUUGCACACCUUGUGCUUUUGGGCACUCCAGUGAUGUUGCAGCUCUGAAAUAUGGCCAAACUGGUGGCAAGUGGCAUCGUGGCAGCUGCACGCUUGACUUUUCUCAGUUCAUGGGCAGUUAUUUUGCGCCUUGGUUUUUCCACACGCUUCUUGCGACCCUGUUGACUAUUUUGAAUGAAACGCUUGAUUGUUCGAUGAUCACGCUUCAGAAGCUUUGCAAUUUUAAGAGUGCUGCAUCCCUCUGCAAGAUAUCUCACUAUUUUUGACUUUUCUGAGCCUGUCAAGUCCUUCUUUUGACCCAUUUUGCCAAAGGAAAGGAAGUUGCCUAAUAAUUAUGCACACUUGAUAUAGGGUGUUGAUGUCAUUAGACCACACCCCUUCUCAUUACAGAGAUGCACAUCACCUAAUAUGCUUAAUUGGUAGUAGGCUUUCGAGCCUAUACAGCUUGGAGUAAGACAACAUGCAUAAAGAGGAUGAUGUGGUCAAAAUACUCAUUUGCCUAAUAAUUCUGCACUCCCUGUAAGUGCCAGGAAUACAAAGAAGCUAUAUUCCUCUGCCUCCCAUCUCCCUCACACGCCCCUCUCCUCUCCCCCCACCCCUGUGUAGUUGUCAAUUUAGGGUUAAAAACACGUUAAUUACUUAUUUAAAUCCAGCGCUGAUGUACCUUAGCGCUGGGGUGCGGCUCCCCCUCCUCAGUCCUGCGCAGCAUUAUACCUUCCCAUAGGACCUCAAUGCUUUCUUAUAGGGAAAAAGCUGACGCUGGAUGUCCCCAUGCAUGCAGAGCGUGAGGCUGUCCAUCAUCAGUUACCAUACCAAAGAUUGGUUUGGAUGCAGGAAACGCCUCCAAUGUCUGGUAGACAGUCACUGGAGACAGACUUAGUGCUGCAAUGUAAACAGUUUCUCUGGAACCACAAUGUUUAACAUUGCAGCACUGAGUGCAACAGGGACACUUCAAUGAGCUGAAGUGCUCUGGGUGCCUAUAGUGUCCCUUAAAUAUAAAUUAGGAUUAGAUUUUGUGUUUACAGAUCUCAUGAAUGUCUCCAGAAAUAUGCUGAAAUGACCUGCUACUCAAUAAACCAAAUUUUAUAUGAGCUGCCCACAGUCCCAGAAUGUUUGUUUGAAGAGACAAUGUCUUCUUUCUCACAGAUUUACCCCUAUUGUUUAGUCUUCCUUUUUAUGUAAUUGAGUCUGAUGCUUGCUGCAUGUGACUAGGGCGAGCACUGCAGUAGUUAGAUUAUUCCAACAGUAUAACUUCUUUAAUAUUUUGUCUUUUUACAGGACUGUGACUGGCAAGAAUUAAAUCCAGGUGAUCCUAUAUUUGUAACACCAGAUGGCAAAGAAAUAAUGUAUAAAGGAGAAUCAACUAUAUACCCAACAUUUAUCAACGAAGCAGCGUAUUAUGAAAAAAAUCACGCAUUUACAAAAACACAGAAAGUAACAUUACAGGCACAAACUUUGAGAUGUUCAUCAAUACAGCAGUGA